AGAACUGGACCCUCUGGAACUAGUUACAGAUAGUUGUGAACUGCCAGGUUGCUAGCUGCCCCGUUGGUGCUGGGAACUGAACCUGGGUCCUCUACAAGAGCAUCUUCACAGGUGCCAUGACGCAGCAGCCCCAGGAGGACUUUGACAGAAGUGUGGAGGAUGCCCAGGAGUGGAUGAAGGUGGUGCAGGAGCAGCUUCAGGUCAAUGACAACACACAGGGACCCCGAGCAGCCUUGGAAGCACGGCUUCGAGAGACAGAGAAAAUCUGCCAGCUGGAGCCUGAGGGACGCGUGAAAGUGGAACUGGCCCUUCGGGCAGCUGAGGCCCUUCUGGCAACCUGCCAGGAGGGCCAGAAGCCUGAGAUCCUGGCCCGGCUGAGGGAUAUCAAGUCCCAGUGGGAGGAAACGGUCACCUACAUGACUCACUGCCACAGUCGCAUCGAGUGGGUGUGGCUGCACUGGAGUGAGUAUCUGCUGGCCCGGGAUGAGUUUUACCGCUGGUUCCAGAAGAUGGUGGUCACACUGGAGCCCCCUGUGGAGCUGCAGCUGGGCCUGAAGGAGAAGCAGUGGCAUCUGAGCCACGCCCAGGUAUUGCUGCACAAUGUGGACAAUCAGGCUGUGCUCCUGGAUAGGCUGCUGGAGGAGGCAGGCUCCCUGUUCAACAGGAUCGGGGACCCCAGCGUGGAUGAAGAUGCCCAGAGGAAGAUGAAGGCUGAGUACGAUGCUGUGAAGGCCAGAGCCCAGCAUAGGGUGGCUCUCCUGACCCAGGUGGCCCAGGAGCAUGAGCAGUACCGGGAGGAUGUGAACGAGUUCCAGCUGUGGCUGAAGGCGGUGGUGGAGAAAGUGCAUGGCUGCCUGGGACGGAACUGCAGGUUGACUACGGAGCUUCGCCUCUCUGCACUGCAGGACAUCGCCAAGGAUUUCCCUAGGGGCGAGGAAUCUUUGAGCAGGUUGGAGGAGCAGGCUGAGGGUGUCAUUCGGAACACCUCUCCCUUGGGUGCAGAGAAGAUCUCGGGGGAGCUGGAGGAGAUGCGGGGGGUCCUGGAGAAGCUGAGAGUCUUCUGGAAGGAGGAGGAAGAGCGGUUGCAGGGCCUGCUCCAGUCCAAGGGGGCCUGUGAGCAGCAGAUCCUACGGCUGGAGGCGGAGCUGGGAGAGUUCAAGAAAAGCCUCCAGAGACUGGGCCACGAGAGCUUGGAGCCUGUGGUGAAGACAGCCACAGAGGAUGAGCUGGUGGCCCACUGGAGGCUGUUCUCGGGGACAUUGGCUGCACUGGCUUCAGAGGAGCCCCGUGUAGACCGGCUACAAACUCAACUGAAGGAACUUAUCACCUUCCCCGACCUACAAUCACUCUCUGAUAGUGUGGUGGCUGCCAUUCAGGAAUAUCAAAGUAUGAAAGGAAAGAGCACCAGGCUCCACAAUGCAACCACGGCAGAGCUGUGGCAGCGUUUGCAGCGGCCCCUCAAUGACCUGCAGCUGUGGAAGGCCCUGGCCCAGAGGCUCCUGGAUGUCACCACCAGCCUGCCGGACCUGCCCUCCAUUCACACCUUCCUACCCCAGAUUGAGGCGGCCCUAGCCGAAAGCUCCCGCCUGAAAGAGCAGCUGUCGAUGCUGCAGCUGAAGACGGACUUGCUGGGUAGCAUCUUCGGCCAGGAGAGAGCAGCCGCUCUCCUGGAGCAGGUGGCAAGUUCUGUGAGGGACAGAGAUUUACUGCACAACAGCCUUUUGCAGAGGAAGAGCAAACUGCAGAGCCUGCUCGCCCAACACAAGGACUUCGGGGUGGCUUUUGACCCCCUCCACAGGAAGCUCCUAGACCUCCAAGCCAGGAUCCAAGCAGAGAAAGGGCUUCAGAGGGACCUUCCUGGAAAGCAGGUCCAGCUCCUAAGGUUGCAGGGCCUACAGGAAGAGGGGCUCGAUCUGGGGACACAGAUAGAGGCUAUGAGGCCUCUUGCCCAGGGGAACUCUAACCACCAGCACAAAUUGGACCAGAUUUCCUCUGACCAUCAAGCCUUGAAGGGGUCCCUGGAGGACCUUGUGGAUAGGUGUCAGCAGAGAGUACGGGAGCACUGCACCUUCAGCCACAGGCUGUCAGAGCUGCAGCAGUGGAUCGCCAUGGUCACACAGACAUUGGAGUCACACCAAGUGGAUGUGCAUCUGUGGGAUGCUGAGACCCAAGAGGCUGGACCUGAGAGGCUGCUGGCUGAAAUCCCAGAGAGAGAGGUCCAGCUGUCCCUGCUCCAAGCACUGGGCCAGCUUGUGAUGAAGAAGUCUUCCCCAGAGGGGGCGGCCAUGGUCCAGGAGGAUCUGAGGAAGCUGGUGGAAUCCUGGCAGGCCCUGAGGCUGCUAGAGGAGAAUCUGCUGAGUCUCAUCAGAAAUCAACAGCUUCAGAGGACAGAGGUGGACACAGGGAAGAAACUGGUCUUCACCAACAACAUCCCAAAGGCUGGCUUUCUCAUUGACCCCCGAGACCCCAUCCCCAGGCGGCGGCAUGGGGCAAACCAAUUGGAAGAACACGACCUCCGUGAAGAUCACUCCCAGCUCUUGAGGGACUUUGAACAGUGGCUGCAGGCAGAAAACUCCAAGCUACUUGGAAUCAUCACAAUGAGAAUGGCCACAGCCAAGGACUUGAGGACCAGAGAGAUGAAGCUGCAGGAGCUGGAGGCUCGAAUCCCAGAAGGCCAGCAUCUCUUCGAGAAUCUGCUCCAUCUCAGGCCAGCAAGGGACCCCGACAAUGAGCUGGAAGAUCUGCGCUAUCGUUGGAUGCUGUACAAGUCCAAGCUCAAGGACUCUGGCCACCUGCUGACACAGACUUCUCCAGGGGAGCUGACUGCAUUCCAGAAGAGUCGACAGCGGAGGCGGUGGCGGAAUCCCUGCUCUCUCCUACAGAAGGCGUGCCGCGUGGCGCUGCCCUUGCAGCUGCUGCUCCUGCUCUUUCUUCUGCUGCUCUUCCUGCUGCCGGCCGGCGAGGAGGAGCGCAGCUGCGCCCUGGCCAACAACUUCGCCCGCUCCUUCGCAUUCAUGCUCCGUUACAACGGCCCCCCGCCCACCUAGCCCACUGGGGCAUACAGGUGACCUCCUGCAGUCCCUCUGGGGCUGACUGCCGGGGGAAGCUAGACAGACCAGACGCCCAGAACAGCCUCAGUCUAAAUGCUGCAUCUGUUCCCAGAACAAACUUGCUUUUUCUACGAUGUCAUUUCUGUCUAUUUAUACUAAAUGUGUACUGUGUGUGGUUAGGGACUAAUGUACAGAAUUUUUAUAUGCCGUGUAUGUAUAUGCUCAGUGUAGAUGACUUCAGAUACGAUGUCUCUUUGUGCCUGUGGAAGUCCCCAGCAGUGUGCUUCCCUAAUGGGAUUUUUGACACUUGUGCCUUAGCAUCUUGUCAUCCCUGGAAGGGGAAAUCACACAUUACUUUUAUGAUGACCUGUCACCCAGGAAUCCAGAUGCCAGUGCAGAAGCCUCUGAGCUGUGAAUGUAGCCGAGCAGAACCUGAGCCCUGGGGCUCUUGUGCUUCUGGGUAGAUAAAGAGAAGCAGUGAUGUGAUGGCCGGGCAUAGCCCGAGCGGUGAGACCGGACAAGUGACAGAGAGAUACCAAGAGAGUAGCAGAAGGAUUGUAAGGAACUGACAAAGUUCCACGGAUAGAUGGCUCUUAGGGCACCGCCCCCUCUCAGCAGCCACUGAUAGCACAGACCAGCGAGGAAUGCCUGUGACCAUGACCUCGCGUCUUCCGGAAGUGGCCGGGGUGUUGUUUGUGUGUUUUCUCUAGGAGAAAGAAAAAGGAGGAUGAACCUGACCUUUUAUUCUUAUGCACAAGAGUACAGCACGCUGCCAGUGGCCCGUGCCAGCCCCAGGAGGCCUGUGCCAUCGUUGUUGGGCAGUCCACAGGUUAGGGUGUGAACUGGCCGGCCCACACAAGGCAGAGAGGAAAAGACCCAGCCCAUCUGACGGGGUCUCUCUUCCCUUCCUCUGUGGGCCCAGGGCUCACAGCCUAGCCCCAGGCAAGAGCAAGCAAGGUGGGCUCCAGGCACAUGUCAGGCAUCUGGGGUGACUCUGGGCUAUGCCCAAGGCUGGAAACAUGGCCAGGGAAUUCUGGGAUGACCUAAGUGGGUUAAAACUGGAUCAGAUUUGCCCUAAACUGACACUUUUUUCCUUUCAGCAAACUCCUACUGCCCCCUUUUGACAGACUGAAUUUGUCUGUUGAGUGGGGAGUGCCCUCGGGCCUUGUCAUCAGAUACACAACCAGUGUUAAAGACCCUGAGAGGCACUUUAAACACAGGGCACACUGAGGUCCCAAGAGGGGCCCAACUCUAAGGCCAUCACCCUUCUGCACACACACCGAGUCCCUCCCUAGCUGGCAUCAGGCUACACCAUGAUUCAUCUUAGUACAGUACCUAGGAAAGGCCGGGCAUUGCCAAGCAGGAAUGCAACGCCUGGGCGCUUGUUACUAAGCAGGACUCCCCUGCACUUGCCACUUUGCUGAGAAAUCGGGGGGCUGGUGAACCCUGACCUCAUACCCAGGUUGCCGAGUCCUGAUACUCACUAAGAACAUUGGGCCGCCACUGGGUCAGAACUGUGGCAAAGAACCUCAGCACUUCCUUUCUCCACUUUCCCAUUUCACAGGUGAGAAACCCGAGGCCCAGAGAAGGGAAGUCACUCACCCAUAGCCACAUAGCAAUGGGUUGCUCACCACACUCUUCAGGUGAUACCAUAUGCAUUAUAGCACAAUCUCUCCACAUCUCCCUUCCCAGGAAGAACAGGGCUAGGGCGUGUCUCAGAGACGGAGCACCUGCCCAACAGCUGUGAGUCCUGGGUUCCAUCCCCAGAACGUAAGAGAAAACAGAAAGAGCAGAAAAGAGAGCUUUUUCCUGUGGAUGUAGUCAUGUCUCAU